AUGUUAGUUGCUGUUAGCGGGACGAAAUUUAGCGGGGUAGACGUAACAAUUCAGGUAUUGGUUGAAGACCAUGGUUUUAAAAUGCUUGAUCACAACGAGAAUGAAGAGAAGAUACUCGAUUACGCUACAAAAUUUUACCAAACAAAUAUGGUGAUUCGUUGCGAAAAGCUAAAGCUCCUGAAUGUUUUAGAAAAGCGCCCAUUCUUUGUCCACCUUUCGAUUGAUGCCUCGUUGCAUUUACGGGUGAGUCUAAUACAAAAAGAGCUACAAGAGUUUAAUAUUGAAAAUUUCAUAGAUAUUAUUGAUCGUUUUGAUUAUGACCCUGACUCUAUUAAGUUGCGCGAGCAGGCUCAUUUUAAGUUCAAGAUUGUCGAUAAAGAUAUCACUACGUUACGUUUUCGACUUUCUAAAUCAAUGGGGGAGCAGCUACAAAUGCUACAAAAUACGAAUUCCAAAGAAUUGAAACCACCAUUGAGACCAGAUUGGGAUACGUACUUCAUGAAAUUGGCAACGUUGGCGGCAUCCCGUUCCAACUGUAUGAAAAGAAGAGUAGGUUGUGUAAUUGUACGGGACCGUAGAGUUAUCGCAACGGGAUAUAAUGGAACCCCUCGUCAUUUGACUAAUUGCUUUAAUGGAGGAUGCCCACGUUGUAACAGCGGAGAUUCCCAUUCUUUGCAUAGCUGUCUAUGUCUUCAUGCGGAGGAAAAUGCACUGCUCGAAGCAGGUAGAGAUAGAAUCGGUCCCAAUGCAAUUUUAUAUUGCGAUACUUGCCCGUGUCUAACAUGUUCAGUUAAAAUUGUGCAAACAGGCAUUCGGGAAGUCGUGUAUAGUCAGACAUACCGAAUGGAUGAAGAAAGUCUUAAGGUGUUAAAGGCUGGAGGAGUAAGGAUUAGACAGUUCAGCUUUGCUCAAGAGCCUAGGAUAAUAAAUGUAUGA